GCUGAUUACGUCAUCACAUUAUUGAAGCUCCUGUCGACGCGUUCAAAAUCUUACGCUACCAACUCCUAGUUUCGAUUAUCUGUUUGUUAUAAGCUCAUGCUUGUUCUAUUCCUGAUUGUUCAUCUCUUUUGUGAUUAAAGCUGUAAAAAUGGACAGACCUGAGCCUACCAUACAAAAUAUUUUGGACUCAAAUACUUUGCGUUGGAUUUUCGUUGGAGGUAAAGGUGGAGUUGGGAAAACGACAUGCAGUUGCAGCAUUGCUGUUCAAAUGGCUAAAGUGCGUGAGCGUGUCCUGAUUUUGAGCACAGAUCCUGCUCAUAACCUUUCGGAUGCAUUUGACCAAAAAUUUUCGAAAAAUCCUACUAAAGUUAAGGGUUUUGACAAUCUUUUUGCCAUGGAAAUUGAUCCAAAUGUGAACUUAGGAGAGUUUGAAGAGGAUCUUGUUGGUUCCGAAGAAGCAGCAGUUUCUGCUGAUAUACGCAAAACCAUAGGUCACUUAAUGACUUCAUUCCCUGGGGUGGAUGAAUAUAUGUCUUAUACAGAGGUGUUUCGAUUGGUUCGUAAUAUGGAUUAUUCAGUCGUCAUUUUUGAUACAGCUCCCACUGGCCACACUCUACGAUUAUUGGCGUUCCCAGAAGCUAUGGAAAAAAGCCUUGGCAAAGUAGUAUCGAUGAAAAAUCAAUUUGCUCCAAUUUUAAACCAGUUAAUGGGCCUAGUCGGAAUGAACAGUACGCAAGGUGGUGAUUUAACAAAUGCAAUAGAAACACGCCUACCUAUCGUUAAAGAAAUAACCAAGCAGUUCAAAGAUUCCUCUCAGACUACAUUUGUAUGUGUUUGUAUACCAGAAUUCCUAAGUAUGUAUGAAACAGAACGCUUGAUCCAAGAACUCACUGCUCACGAUAUUGACGUGCAUAAUGUCAUUGUAAAUCAACUGUUGUUUCCGAACUUAUUAUCACCUGAUGCCUCGUCUGAAGAUCGUUCGAAUGAACCUCCGUCUAAUUGUCGAAUGUGCUUAGCACGUCAUCGAAUACAGUCGAAAUAUCUGGAACAAAUUUUAGAAUUAUAUGAAGACAUGCAUGUCAUACAGUUACCCCAACUGGAAAAUGAAGUACGAGGAUUGAAGUCUGUUCAAAGCUUCUCCGAACUUCUUUUGACCCCAUACCAUAGGAAAUAAAAAUUUUAUGGUUUUCACAUUGUUUAUAAAAAUGAUGUCGUUUGUAGAUUUUAAUGGGUUUUUUUUCUGAUAUAAUAUACAUUUAUUUUGAUGAACUGAAUUUUAAAAAAAUGCUAUUUAACAGUUUUUCAUUAUCUCUCUAACACCGAAAAAAUUCUUGAUAGCUUUCCAUGCUAAGUCAGCACUUAUCGUGUAGAUGAAGUGUUUCAAAACAAAAUUUAACGAUUAUCGGUCUGUGAUAGUGAAUGGAAAAUGUGAUCGAUCAUCGAGCGUGGACAGCUAAAUGACCAUUAAAUGUAUGAUUUCAUUUCCCCGUACUGAUUUCCACUUCAGACUCACUGAAUAUUUCUGCUUGAAAUUUUAUGGAAUAUUAUUUCUAUCGUUUA